AUGUCUUCAGUUGAAUCCCUUAUCCGGACCUUUCCCGAUAACUUAUCGUCACAAAGGAUACUGGAUAAAAAAUGUGAGAAAAAAGGAAGCAUUGUGGGAGGUGUUUUACUGAGAAACCGUAAUGAAGAUAUACCUCUCACACCAUCACUGUUUGCCUACAAAAUGUCUUUGACUUCAGAAGAAUUGUAUAAGCAAUUAUUUUACAGUCAUAUUCCUGAGACGUUGGCUCUGCAUGACAUGUCUUUGAUUGGGGAUCAAAAGACGACAUCAUUUCCUGUCAAUCGUCCAUUUUUUCAACCAUUUCCUUCUGAGCUUAUUUUUCAACGGUAUGAACCUGGAAAAUCUUAUGAGUUGCCGUUAGUACUUCGUAAUAUGGAUAAGGUUUCAAGAACAGCUCAUUUGAUUCAAAAUGAUACUCCAUACUUUAAAAUAAAAUGUUUGAGUACACAAGGGUCUAAAGUGGCAGCUGGUUUGUCACUUUCUUUCACAAUUGUCUUCACUCCUGAUGCUAACCAGGAUUAUCGACACGACCUUAUGUGUGUGACUGAUAGAGAACUGUUCUCCGUUCCUGUAUUUUGCAUUGGCCCAAGAGCGGUUCUAGAACUGCCUGAUGAUAUCUGUUUUGAUGAGGUUCCAGUGAAAGUAAUGAGUAAAAAGUUAAUAGGCGUGAGGAACAUUGGGAACUGCCAGGCCUCUGUAAAGUUUGAUACCAUGAAGCCGUUCUUUGUUGAACCCAUAUCUUUGAAAAUUGAAUCUGGUGCACUAGAAGAGAUAAAGGUUUCAUUCAUUCCUGAAAACACAGGAGAGGUCUCGAAGAGUAUGUUCAUCAUUUAUGAUACUGGAGAAAGACUUCAGAUUAAUCUUCACGGUCAGGGACGAGAAUCGUUGGUUUAUCUUAGAGAUAACAAAGUGUCAGUGAACGGAACAUUCAUUGGAUUACAUUCGCAAACAAAAGCUUUCAUCGUAAACGACUCAUCUGAUGUUAUCAGUUUUAAGUGGAGUCCUUUUGAAAAUAGCGAAGAAGAGUCACUUGUGAAUGACUUAUUAGUUGGAACGUUGAAUAACGCUUGUGAUUUUAAAUCUUUACUAAAGCAAAAGUUGAUUACGUGGGUCAGGAAAUUUUCUGAUCAACAAAUACCAUAUCCAACAAAUAUUCAAACAAUGGAAUCUUCUCCAUUCAAUAUUGAACCAAUUGAAGGACGUAUUCAACCAUAUACAACAUAUGAAUUUAUUGUACAUUUUAAUCCAGAAAAAGCUAAUUUAUAUGAAGAUCUAUUUUAUUGUGAUGUUGAUGGUGUACAAAAACGUUUAAUUCUAUCAAUUCAUGGUGAAGGUUUAGGACCGAAAAUUAAAUUCUCAUAUAAAUAUUUAAAUAUGGGAAAGAUAUUUAUUGGUUCAAAGCAUAAAUAUGAAUUGGUUAUAUCUAAUACUGGAUUAAUUGAAACAAUGUUUUCAAUUCAUUGUAAAAAUAAAACUGAAGGAGAUGAGAAUAGUCAAAAUAUAACUAAAUUUGGUAAAUAUUUUCAUCUUAUACCUGAUGAAGGAUUAAUUUGUCCUGGUGGUUAUCAAGUAAUACAAAUUGAAUUUAAUUGUAAUGAUUUACUUGGAGAAUUUAAUGAAAUAUUUCAAUUUGCUUUCGAUGGAUCAUCUAAUUUGAAGAGAUUACAUUUAGAAGUUCUAUUAUUCUUUAAUUUAAUUUAUAGUGGUACUGUGGUUGGACCAACAUUUCAUUUUGAUGUUCCAUCAGUGGAAUUUGAUCAAGUUUCUUAUGGAUUUUCAAAAGAGAAAAUUAUAACGUUGCAUAAUACUUCAUUUAUACCAAUGGAUUUUAUUCUUCGUAUCAUUGAUGAUGAUGAUGAUGAUAAUGAUAAUGAUGACAUGGAUGGUGAUAAUAAGAACAAACAAGAUGAACAAUUGAAUGUUAUUUCAAAUCAUCAUUCAAAUUUACAUAAAUCAUUUGAUAAUGCAAUAUUUCAAAUUACUCCAAACUAUGGAAAUCUACUUCCAAUGAGUUCAAUAAAUAUAUCCAUAAGAUUUAGUCCAAAAUAUUUAGGUUUAAAAAAGUAUAAAUUAAUUGUUGAUGUUAUAAAUGUUGGGAAAAAAGCACAUUGGUUACCAGUAUCUACUGAGGCUAUCCGUCCAGAUGUAAUUGUAACACCGGAAUUGAUAAAUUUGAAGAGAUGUUUUAUUAAUUAUCCCUAUACCAUUGAAAUAACAUUAACAAAUCAAUCAAUCGAACCAGCUAGUUAUCAGUUUGUUGAACAAUUAGCAACAGUAGAAAAAGUAAAAACUAUAAAACUACAAACUACUACAAAUCAAGAAAACGAUUCUAGUAAAGAAUCCAAGUUACAAUAUUCAAUAAAUAAUCCAGAGGGAUUUAUUAAUGGAUUAAAUUCUGUUAAACUGUCAAUAACAUUUAAAGCAAAAGUAUUAGGAUCAAUUACAAGUGAAUUAUGUUUCAAAAUUUGUGGCAUCAAUGAGAACCCAUUGAAAAUACCUGUAAAAUGUAUGGGAGAAGGUCCAGUGUUACAUGUUGAUCAAACAAAAUUAGAAUGGGGAACAAUCACUGUAUUACAACCAGUUGUUAAAAUAUUAAGAAUUUCAAAUGAGUCGUGUAUUGAUGCUAAUUAUAAUGCUAAGCUGGUACGAAAUGAUACUGUUUAUAAAGCUGAACCAUAUUCUGGAACUAUUCCAGGUUAUAGUCAUAUAGAUUUGAAUAUAAUUGCAAAUCUAGAUGAUAUUAUAUUAUUUAAAGAUCAGUUAAUUGUACAAGUUGAAAAUACUUCAAAACCAUUAAAAAUUGAACUAAGUGCAACUGGUCAAGGUGGUACAAUUGUAACACAACCAUCAAUGAGUUCUGUAUUAAACUUAGGAAGUCAAUUUAGUGUUAAUCCAAUGAGAAAAUAUUUUAAAGUUAUAAACAAAGGAAGGAGGUCACAACAAAUAAUUUGGUCUAUAGAUGGACAAUCACCACGUAAAUCAAUCCAUAUGGAUGGUCAAUUAUCAGAUAAAUCGGAAUCAAGAUGGUCAAUUACACCACAUCGUUUUGAUCUUAAUCCAGGAGCAUCUACAGAAAUUUGUCUAGAAGUUCAAUGUGAUAGUGUUAAUACGAUUCAUGAGAAAAUUUUAUGUCAUUCAAUUAUUGGACGAAGUGCUAAAUAUUUAAUUAAAACAGUUGAUGUUUCUAUUGACUUUAUUAAACCAGUUAUUGAAUUAUCUACAAGUGAACUGUUUUAUCGAAUAGAAAAGGCACCAUCAGAUGAAUUAUCUAUACAAUUCAAUCAUUUCACAAUGACUAAUAAAGUAGAUUUAUUAUUAACAUGUUUAUUGGAAGUUUGCAGUCCAUUCAACUUGUUUAUCGAUGAAAGUUACUCAUCUACAAUGACAUUUCAAUUGAAACCAUUUGAAUCAAAAGAAAUAACAGUUUCAUUUAAUCCAAAAUAUAAAGAUGAUUUAUUUAGUAGAAGAGCUGAUGAAUUAUUAUUUAUUAAAUAUGCUGAGCAUCCACAAACUGAUGCUGUACGAUUAAUUGGUGAAGUACAUUUUCCAAAUGUUCAAUUUAGUUCUAAUCUAAUUGAUUUUGGUUGUAUAUUAAAUCAUACAGAAAUGACAGAACAUUUAAGUAUGAAAAAUAUUAGUCCUUUACCAGUAAAAUUUCGUUGGAGUUUACUUAUUGGUGAUCGACCAAAUAUUAUAUUUAAACGUCAAGCACGAUUAAUAGAAGAUCACAUUCCUAUGAAUGUUCAAAAAUUAUUAUCUAAUUCUCAUAUCAUUGAUAAUAAAAACAUUGAAAAUACCAUACAAGAUAGUUGUCAAGAUACUAAUGACAUAGAAGAUGAAAUAAAAAUCAAUGAAUCAUAUAAUGAAUUCAAUCAAACUAUUCUAAAUGAUUCAACUAAUGAACAUAUAUUAGAUAAUGUAAAUCUUAAUUUAUCUACUACUGAAAAUAGUAUAUUACGUAAUUUAAUUGAUGAAGAUGAAGAUAUUAUACCAUUAGGUAUUGAAGAAUUAUUUGAUAUUGUACCAUUAUAUGGUGAAAUUAAUCCAGGUGAAACAAUCUAUUUAAGUUGUACAUUUUAUGGACAUUCUAAUAUUGAAGCAUCUGUAUUAGCUUUAUGUGAAAUUGAUCAUGGUCCUAAAUAUCAUAUUGAAUUAAAAGGUUCUGCAUCAGAUAUUGAUUAUCAAAUUGAUCAAACUGAUCAUAUUGAUUUAGGUUAUCAUCGUUUAAAUCAAUCAAUAAUCUAUCAAUUUAAUAUAAUGAAUAUAGGUAAAGUGAAUUUUAAUUAUAAAAUUUCUUUUCCUACACAUGAUUUUAUUGAACAAACAACAUUAAUUAAAAUGACUGAAUAUGGUCAAUAUAAAAUUAUACCAUCUUAUGGUCAAAUUAUUAAUAAUCAAUCACAAUCUAUUCAAAUUAUUUAUCAACCAUUAAAACCGGGUUAUUUUGAACAAGAAUUAAAUAUUCAAAUAGGAUAUUUUUUACCAAAAUCUAUUAAAAUACAUGGUUUAAUUGAUUUUAAUUAUUUAAAUAUAAAUUUACCACGUUUAUGUAUGAUUCAAACAAAAAAUAAUCAUCAUCAACAACAACAACAAAUCAAUAAUGAUCAAUUAAUAAUCAAUAAAGAAAUCUCUUCAUCGAUUUAUCAAUUCACUAUGUUCAAAUUAAUUAAUCAAUUAUAUAAUGAUCUAAUCAAUUUUAUUGAUUUAUUGGAAAAAGAACAACAACAAAAUAGAUCAAUUGUUUGUUUAUGUGAUACAAUCUUUUCAAAUCGAUCAGAUUUCAUAUUAAAUUCUAUUCAUAAUCAUAAUCAAUAUGAUCAAAUAUUUAUGCAUAAUAUUAAUUGUCCUAUUACAAAAGCAAUUAAACAAAUAUUAACAAAUCAAUAUUAUAGAAUGAACCAUAUACCUGAGAAGAUAAUCAAAUUGAUACCAGAUUUAUAUUUACAAUUAAAUGCAGAAUAUGAAUAUAUUUGUAAUCUAUUAAAUGAUAACAAUAAUAAUCAAUAUCAUAAUGAUAAUCAAUUAAAAGUAGUUACCGAGACAGAAGAACAAGUGAAAUUAUGUUUUAUAAAAAAUUUAUACCUACCAUCAUAUUUACUUGAUUUUGGCAUAGUUAUAAUCGGUUCAAUUAUGAAACAAAAUAUAUCUAUUAUUAAUACAAGUUAUGAACCGAUUAGUUUUCGUUUUGAUACAACAUCUUUAUCAAAAGCUAAACAAUUUGGAUUUAGUACAAAUAUAACAAAAAUUUAUCAUUUACCUGGUUAUCCAGAUUGUGAACAAUUAGAUGUGGAAAUUACAUUUGAUACAAAACAAAUUAAUCAGUUAAUAAAUGAAAAUUUCAUUCAAACAGAAUUAAUUAUCAAAAUACUCAAUGGACCUUCAAUAUCAAUAUUACUUAGAGCUAAUAUUGUAAAACCAACAUUAACAUCACAUAUAAAUACAGUUGAUUUUGGUGAAGUUCAACGUGGUGAAGCACGUAUAAUUACAGUACAAUUACAUAAUCCAUCUCCUGUUUCAAUAAAUUGGUAUCGUUUAAUACCAGAAUUACAAACUACUAAAAAUACUACUGAUUCAGUUUAUCCGGUUAGAGUUCAAUAUAAAUCAUACCAAAGUUUAUUAAAAGAGAAACAAAUAAGGAUUUUUGAAGUUAUACCAAGUAGAGGGAUAUUAGAACCGAAUGAAAAAACUAAUAUACAGAUAAGGUUUAUACCACUUGAAGAGAAGAAGUAUGAAACCAAGAUUCUAUUGAGCAUUGAAAAUACUGAUACAAUUUUAAAAAUUCACUGUCAAGGUAAAGGUUUAGAGCCACAAUUAAUAUUCGAUCGUGUUAUGUUACAAUUUCAACCAAUUUUACCAUAUUCAUUAAUUGGAAGUGAAGAAAUUGUUACUAUAACCAAUCCAUGUGAUUACCCAAUAGAAUUUUAUUCACUUGAAUUGGAUAAACAAGUUGUUCAAGAGGAUGAAAUAUUAAGAUCUAUAGAUGGAUAUGAUGAAUAUGGAAGAUUAUUAUUACCAUUACGUAAACCAGGAGUUUCUUCAUCAAGUACAUCAUUAAAAGAGGUGAAAAAAUCUAGUACAACCACCACUAAUACAACUCCAACAAAUAAUACUACUUCAACUAGUACAUCAGAACGUAAUAAAUCUGAUCAUCGAAAUGUAUUGUCUGAAUUAAUUCUCGAUGAGAUUAAACAUGAAGGUAGUAAAAUAUCAAAUUUCAAUAAUUUCAGUAAUGGAAAACAAACAUUAGAUGUUACACCUGUAUCACUAGCAAUAUCACGACAUUUGGGUAUGGAUUUAACUCAUGAGUCAUAUAAAUCAGGUAAAUUCGGUAUUGUAAUUCUUGUCAAUGGAGCAUUAGAAUCUAUUAGACGUGAUAUUGUCAAAGAUUUAGCUAGUAAAUAUCAAGCAACUGUAAUUAACCUUAAUCAAAUUAUUAUUGAAGCAUUACUUACAAGUACAACUGAUGCAGCUUGUCAAGCAAGACAAAUCUGUUUAAAUGUUGGUCUAGAAAUAAUUCAAGCAAAAUUGUAUACAAAACAAAAAGAACUUCAAGAACAUGAGCUAGAACAAUGUCAGUUACAACAAUUAGCUGAUUUAGAAGUUAAAUUAGAUUCACCUGUAGAAUUAUCAGAUGAUGCACAAAAAGAUGAAGUUGAUCUAUCUACUGCAUCUAUUAGUGGAGAACAGUCCAAAGUAACCACUGGUCAACAACAUAAAACAUCAGUUAAUCGACAAGGUCAAGUUCCACACAAAAUGAUGGGAUAUCGUGGUGCAUUAAAUGUACCUCGAAAAUUAAACGAUACUUCAUCAACUAUACCUGAAUAUAAUACAACAUGCAAAUCACGACGAAUUACAUAUUCAAUAUUUGAUGAUAUAAUCAAAUCAUCUAUUGAGAAAUCAACAUUAAAUUUAUUAAAUAAUGAACAAUUAUAUACAACAAUUUUACCUGAUGAUAUAAUAUUACAUUUAAUACAUGAAUAUUUCAAUCAACAUAGUAACAAUAACAAUAAUAAUAAUACGAAUAAAGGUAUCAUUAUAGAUGGAAUUGAAUCAGAUUUUACCAAAAAUAGCAUAGCAACAAUAGAAUUAUUAUUAAAAUAUUUUAAAAAUAAUUAUAAAUAUAUUUAUACAAUAAGUAUUAAAUUCAAUUAUGAACAAUAUAAACAAUAUAUCAAUGAAAAACAAAUAAAAUUAAAUGAAAUCAAAAAUGUAUUCAAUAAACAAUAUCAUGAAAAGUUAAUUGAUUUAACUGAUUAUGAAUAUGAUGAAUUAAAUGAGAAUGAACGUCAAAUCAUUGAUCAUUUACAAUAUGAAUUACGUCAUGAAAAACAUCAAAUUGAAUUAGAAAAAAAACGUAUACAAGAAGAACAAUUACGUGAAGAACAAGAAGCUGAAAUGAAACGAUUAGAAAUGGAAAGAAACAUGAAGAAAAGAGGUAAACGACAAGAUGAAAAAAUAACUAAACCAAUUACAUCGAAUCAAGUAUCAGUUAAAGAUAAUCGUGCAUUAUCUGGUCGAAUGAGUUCAAAACCUGUGAAAGACAUCAAUAGUAAUUUGGGAAAAUUAGAUGCAGUAGAUAAAUCCCCUUUAUCAGUUUUAGAAGAAACACGCCGUACAUCACGAUCUCAUGAAAAACAUCGUAGAUCUGCAACUAGUUUCAAAGAUGAAGCAUUAGCUGAGGAAGAAGUUGGAGCGUGUAUGACAGAAGAAGAACACCUAUUAUAUCAAACCUUGAAGUCAUUUGAAGGUGACUUUCGUUCUCUGUGUGAAUUACUUAGUACAUGGAAUCGCGUUACGUUACAACAACAAGUAUCAUUAUUAGAAUCACAUGAAGAAAGUCCAACCUCAACUAUUGUCAAUUUACCUAUUGGUAAACGUGCUAGACAAAGUGGUUUAAAUUUUCCAUCUAACACUGUCAGUACUAAUUUAAACAAAACGAAACAUUCAAUUGGUAAAGUUGAUCCUCCCAAUAUACAAGUUAUAAAUGAAAAUAUAACUGUUUUAUUACCACCAAUCUAUUGUGAUGUGAAUAUAAUGAAUGACAACCAACCUAAUAAUAAUAAUAAUAAUAAUAAUAAUAAUAAUCUAGUUGAAAUGAAAAAUGACAAAGACUCAACUGAUAAUGGUGUACAAAUUAUUGGGAUACCACAUCUAGUUGUUGAAUUUCCAUUCAAAAAAGAUACAAAUAUUAUUGAAGCUAUUAAACAGGAAAUCAACUUAAUGUUAACCGAUCCAGAUUUGAUUCAUGUUGAAAGUAUAGUUGGUACAAAGAUUAAAGAUAAUUUGUUAAUGACAAACAGUUCAGGACAACAACAACAACAACAAAACACAAUAUCAACCGAACUUUGUCAAUUAUUGUCAUAUCAUUUACCUGAACUCAAUGAAAUAAUCAAUUAUCUUGGUAUUGGAUCCGAUGGGCCACCUAUACCAGAACCAAACAAUUUCUCAGUUAUAUAUUAUCCAAUUAAUAAUGAUACUACUAAUACAUUAAGAAAUAGAAAACAAAUUAAACAAUCAAGAAUAAUAAAAUUAAAUGAACAAAAAUCAAUUCAUAUAAAUUUGAAAUAUUAUGAAUUUUUACAUUCUGGUCAAGGUGAUCCAAUUAUGAAUACUGUACCAAUAGGAAGUUUAUUACAACUAACUGAUUCAAUUGGAGAUGAAGAAUUAGAAGGACGAAUAGAAACCAAUGAAUCUUCAAAUAAACAAAAAGUUGGCGAUUCAUCGCGUAAAACAGGUGGUCGAUCUAUUAAAAAAGAACGCAAAUCACCAAGACAAAAGCAUCAAACGUUAGAUCAAGGUGAAACUACAAGUCGUAAACCAAAAGUUUCUAUUGGUGGUGCAAACAUCGGUAAUGGUGCUGCUAGACGUACUUCUGUCAUAAGCAUACCUUCAGAGCAAACAUCUUUGAAUGAUGAAAUUUCAAGCAUUGAAUCUAAUCAAUUAUUGAUCGGACAACCUCUCAAUCAUUUUCGUUGGAUUGUACCUGCUAAAGGACAGGUUCGUUUGAGAAUUCGUUUUCGUUGUGAUCAAGUUGGUCAGUUUGAUCAGAUAUUCAAUUUUGAAUUAUUGAAUAGUAGGAGGAUUUAUCAAUUAUAUUGUCGUGGAAUAUGUGCUUUACCAACAAUUAGCCGUGAACCAAGAUUAAUAUAUGCAAAACGUAAACGUACUUGUAACCAAGGUGAAAUUAUUCAUGGUACCUAUUUAAUGUCUACAUCAUGUUUUGAAUUUGGACCAUUGUUAAUUGAAAAAUCUAAAGAACGAAUACAAGAAAAUUGUUAUCCUGAAAAUAUUACCUACUUUAAUUUAGUGAAUACAUCACAAAUGGAUUCAGAUAUUAAAUUAUACUUUUUAAAUGAUCCAGAUGAAGAAUGUUUUAGUGUAGAACCAAAAGAAUUAAAUCUUAAACCAAAUCAAUCCAAUAGUGUACGUAUUUGUGCAUUUCCAAAAUUGAAUAAACAUUAUGAUGAUGCACUUGUUUGUUUAAUUAAAGAUAAUCCAGAACCAAUUCUAUUUAAAUUAGCUUGUGAUGGUGUUUUACCAGAAUUGGAAUUGGAUAAAAAAGUAUUUAAUUUUGAAAAAGUAUUAUUACAAAGGAAAGAAGUACGUUCUAUUAUUUUGAAAAAUCGCACUUUAUUACCAGCUCAAUGGAAAUUAUCUGGAAUCGAAGCGUUAGGUGACGAAUUCUCUGUAUCACAAGAUGCUGGCAUUGUUGAACCACAGUCAGAAUCUAUUGUCUAUGCUUAUUUUCGUGCAAUGAAAUCUGUCAAACCAAACCAGAAGAGAAGCUUACGUCUUGAAGUUUAUGAUUUAGAAAAUAUUGCUGGUUUAAUACAAGUAGAAACUAUACAAGUGAUGGCUGAAGCAUAUGAUGUUGCUUUAGAUAUUACAUUUCCUAAGGGGAGUGAUGGUGGUAUUGAUUUCGGUUUAAUCAAAGUUGAUGAAGAAGUUAAACAUGCUAUUACAUUGAAGAAUAAAGGUCCUUAUGAAAUAGUAACUAACUUUAUCUUUACAAAGAAUGAUAAAUUUAAAACAGAUUUUAGUAGUAUCUUCACUAUGUCACCUCAACGUAUCAGUCUAUCUCCAACAGAUAAACUCACACAAGUAAACCUAACAUGUUUCACACAAUCAGAGUUAAUUUUAAAAGAAGCAGAAAUACUUAAAUGUCAAAUUAUUGAACCAAAUAUUAAAGGAACUCCACAACUGAUUGCAUCAAUUCCAAUAAAAUUGUCUGUAAAAGCAGAAUUCAGCAAAUUUACAAUUUCUCCCGCACAUGAUAUUAAUUUUGGUUCACUUAUAUUAAAUAAUCAUAAAACAAGACAAUUGAUCAUUGAAAAUAAUGGAGAUUAUGAAUUCCGUUACUCAAUUAUACCUGUUAGUAAAAUGUUAGAGCUAUUAGCAACACGUGAAGCUUUAUUGAACAAAGAAUCUACAGGCACGGUGAAACAUAAAAUAUAUCAUCGUAAAACUAAAAGGUUAGAUCCAACCAUGUUGAGUUCAUCACAAUCUCGUUUACAGCAAGGUUUUUUCACAUUGAGUCCAGCUAGUGGAAUUGUUCCACCUGGAAAUGCACAAAUUAUAACAGUUGAUUGUUUGGCUGCUUCAUUGGGUCAAUGUUUAGAAGAAUUAACGAUUGAAAUAUCUGAUCGUGAUAUGAAAUUAUAUCCACAUGGAAUACCAUAUCAUCUUAAAGCUGAAGGGGAUCUACCACUAAUUGAAACCAAUGAUCCUUCAAUAAUAUUUGAAGAACAUCAUGUUUGCAAAAAUCUGAGUGUUUUAGAUUUGCCUGAUCUAUCAGAUACGAUUUCAUCCGGCAGUAUAUUUGGAAUUGAAGAAAAUCGCUUUGUUUAUAGAAAUGUUUUAGUUGGUUCACGUGUUGUUGCACGUUUCCGUAUAGCUAAUCGAAGUAAUGUACCUGCAGAUGUUUCAUUUGAAGUUUGUGCAGUCGGAACAGUUAGUCCUAAUCAACCAAAUGGACGUUCAAGUAGCCGAAGUAGUCAAUCUACUAGUUGUGAUUCGUUUGAAGUGAUACCAGAUAAAGCUCAGAUAGAACCACAUUCAUCUAGUUAUGCAAAUGUAACGUUUUGUCCAACAUCUAUGCAACUUUACACAGCAACAUUUAAUGUAUAUGUAGACAAUAAACUAUCUCCAAGUACCAUAGUUACUUCAGGUCGAGGAAGUACUAGUUCCAGUACAAAACGUUCUUCAAAUCCACCUGUUCUUACUUUUGAAUUAUAUGGUGAAGGAAAUCUACCACAAAUAAGUGUUUUACAACCAAAACUUCGCAAUCGUGCUGGCCAAACAAUGUGCGUGUUUAAACGCAUUCAAGUUGGUAAAAUAUCAAGUCAGACAUUGUCUCUUCAGAAUAAUGGAUUAUUAAAUAGUCGAUUGAACAUUGAUCUCAUUGAUCCAGAAGGGGUGUUUUUAUUGAAGCCACAAUCGAACAAUGGUUGCCUACUGUUUUACAAUCCCCCAAACAUGUCGGCUGAUUGUACUAGUGAAUCAACUGGUAAUGAUGAAUUAUCUAUAGCUAAACAAUCAUAUUUAAUUGGUUUAUUAUUAAAACCUAAGCAUCAAUUUAAUUUAACAAUUUCUUAUAAACCAAAUAAACGUAAUAUUAAAAAUUAUGGACAAAUUCAAUUAAUCGUAGUAAAUAAUGAAUAUGAAGAUACAUUAAUUGAAUUAAUUGGUGAAUCAUUAAAUGAUGAAGUAUGUAUUGAAAAUGUACCACAAUUAGAUAAUGACAAAUAUUUAUGUAUACAAAAUGCAUUAAAACGAAUAGUUUCUGUAUCGAAAUUACCAUUAGACGAUAUGGAUUGUGAUCCUAAUCAAGAUGAGAUUCAAACUACGUCAGCAUUACAACAUAACCAUUUAGACUUUGGUGACUGUGGUCCAAAUGAAACUAUAACGCGUACAAUAACAAUCACUCAUUGUGGCAAAGUUAAAGAGACAGAACCGACUAGUUUUCGUUUCAGUUGGCCAACUAAUAAUCCGAUUCUUCAAUUUCGACCAUCUGAAGGUCAUUUACAUGUAAAUCAAUCUAGACGAAUUGAAGUUACAUUCAAACCAUCUGGUUCACCAAUAACACUUAAAUCUCAAUGUAUUAAAUGUAACUUACAUCGUAUUGUUGUACCCGUUCCAGAGGGUUGUACGAAAGCUGUUGACUGGGAUGAUACAAAACAAGUUAUUCGUUGGGUUGAUGUACCUGGAGACAAAACGAAUGGACCAGAUUCUUCAAAUCGUUCAAUACCAACAACAACAUCAACAACAACGACAACAGGAACAGUAAACUCAUUGAAACCAACAAAUCAUAUUCAAACAAUAAUAAGUUCAGAUAAUUUACAAGAACGAAAUAUUCAUAUGAAUUGUAAUUAUGGUUCAUCUAAUGAAAUAAUUUGUCGUAAACAAAAAUUAAUUGAAAUUGAACCAGAACCUCAUUAUGAAGAAGUAUUCGAUCAAUCAGAUCCUAAACCAAUAGAAUUAUUCAUAUCUGCUAUAGCUGAUUUUGUUCAAUUUCGUUGUGAUCCAAAUAGAAUUGAUUUUAAAGAAACAAAUAUUUUUGAAAAACGAAUAUACAGAUUUGAAUUAUUUAAUCAAGGAUUAAUUACAUUACAUUUUAAAUGGUCAAUAUAUAUGAUAAGUUCAAUGCCUGAAAAUGAGUCAAAUAAAAAUAUUAAUAUUAAUGAAUGUCGGAGCACUGAUGAAAAUCAAAAUGAACACUGGGAUAAAUCACUUAUUCCAUUCAAAGUUUAUCCAAUUGAAGGUUGUAUACUACCUGGAAAAUCACAAUUUAUCGAGGUCACUUUUAGUCCACUUUUACUUGGUGAAUUUGAAGCGCAGCUUACGAGUAAAAUUGAUAAUUUAGCUCAACAAUCAUCCAAUACAAAUCGUAAUCGACCAAUUUUGACACCUCCAGUAAUCACAAUAACAGGGAAGUCAGAACAUUCAAUUCUACACUUUGAUUUAUGUGACUCAGAUUAUAUCUCAAGUGGGAGAAGAAAUCCAGAAUUACCUGGACCAAAUGGAACACCAUUCGGUGAAAGCCUAGAUCCAUUUACUAGAGUUAUUGAAUUCAAUACAAUUGGUCUAGGCUUAAAAUCUACUCGAUACUUUUCAAUUGUUAAUACAACUAGAGAAGAUUUCGAAUUUAUGAUUAUAAAUGAAGAUUCAAUUAAUGUUAAACAACCCCAAUCAGUUAAAUGUAUUGAAGAAAAGGGGAUUAUCUUAGCUGGAAAAAAAGUUAAUAUUGGAUUUGAAUACAUUUCUUACCAACUUGGACUCAUUGAAUCGUUUUGGCGAUUUGUUGUAAACAAAUAUGAAUAUAGUGUUCCAUUACUUAUUGUCGGUAAUACAAGGGAACCAAAUAUAUUAUUUGAUCAAUCACAUAUUAACUUUAAUGCUGUACUUGUUGGUCAUCAAGUUAGUAAAACUGUCUUGUUAAUUAAUCAAGAAGUUUCAACGUCAAUAUCAUCAACUACUUUCAAUGACAUAUGUAUGAAUAAUGAAGAACAAUCCUCAAAUAUAUUCGAGUUUGAAUUUUUGAAGUCAAGUCUUCAUAGUGCUGGAAAACAAGAUUCGAUUAUUGUUGAACCGAUGUCUGGUUAUAUUCCACCUGGUACAAAAUUACCUAUUCAAAUUACUUUUCAAGCAAAUGGUGAACGUGAAACUAAUAUCAAUUUACAAUGCCUUAUAAAACAUCGUGAUUUACCUUUAACAUUAAAUGUUAAAGCUCAAGGAUAUACAAUUCAUUCAUCAUUAUGGAUUGAUUGUACUCAAUCAAAUAAUAACAAUAAUCAUAAUGACAAGACAUGUACAGCUACUAGUGAACUAAUUGAACUUACACCAUUAUGGUCACCAUGUAUUGGUAUUGAUCUAAUAGAUCUUAUCAAUAAAUCAAUAAAUCGAAUUCAAAAUGAUCAAAAUUUAAUCAAUAAAUUUUCUGAAUUAAAUUUUGGUAAAUUUUAUCCUGGUGAAUGUAUUACACGUAAAUUAGUAGUCUAUAAUAAUGGAAAAUAUAAAUUUGAUUUCAUAUGUCAAUUUAUGUCAUUGAAAGGUAAUACAAGUAUCAAUCAGAAAAAUGUACAGAAACAUAAUAAAGAACAACAAUUGAUUGAUCAAUUAAUCAAUGGUUUCACUAUAGAUGAUAUCAAUCAAUCACCAUCAUUAAUAAUCAAUCCUAAUUCUGGUAGUUUAUUACCAAAUGAAAAGUUGACAUGUACAAUUACAUUUCAAUUACCAAAACAACUAAAUGUAUUAGGUGUAAAUCAUUUAAAAUUAUAUAAUUUACUUGGUAUUUGUUUUAUAAUACGUGAUGGUCCUAUUUAUGGUAUUAAAUUAUUAGGUUCAAUCAAAAAACAAAUGAUACAAUUUUCUGAAACUUCUAUUGAUUUCGGUUCACAAUUCAUUAUGCAAUCCGGUCUUAAACCAUCCAUACGUUAUUUAUAUAUUAGUAAUAAUGAUAUAAAACAAGAAUUAAGUAUUGAAUGUAUUACAAAAUCAUCAAAAAUAUUCUCUUAUAAUUUUAUACCAACAAUUUUACCAAAGAAAAAACAACAAGAAACUAUUGGAUCCAAUUCAAAUAUUCUAUGUUUACCAAUAUACUUUUAUCCAUACCAUGAUCAAUUUUAUAAAGAAACAAUAAUAUUUGAAAUUAAUGGUUGUAGUCAAUAUACAAUUGAUUUAUUAGGUAAAGGAUGUGAAUUAUUCAUUGAACCAAAAGUAUAUCCAUUAUUGAUGAUGAAUAAAACUAAGAAAGGUCUUACAAAAAUCACUCAAGUUAAUGAUGAAGAUGGAUCCAUUCAUGAUGAAAGAUGUAUCAAUUUAGGUUAUUUAAAAACUGGUCAAAUAUCACGACGAUUUGUUAGUUUAAUUAAUAAAAGUUCUGCACCAAUAUGUAUACAUCAAAUCCAUUUGAAUCAACCACAAUCUAAUAAUAAUAAUAAUGAGAAUAAAUCUAAUUCAAUUCAUAUACAAUUUUGUAAAUCAAUUUCUAUGGAUAAACAAUUCAAUGAUUUUGGACCGAUCAAAGAAAUUAUGACACCAAUAAUUAUUCCAUCAAAUGGAGGGGAAAUAAUGAUCAUGUUAAGUUUAACAUCAAAUUAUCGAUUACCUAGAUUUAUUGAAGAAGUUCUAUGUGAAAUUUCACGUGUAGAUCAAAAUCAUCAUAAUAAUGAUAAAAAUAUAAUUCAAUCGUCUAAGAAUCAUAUAAACACUACUAUAACUAUGAAUAGUAACCAUAGAAAUAAAGAAGAAAUGAUUUCAAAUCUACAAGAGAAUACUAAUAUGUUAUUACCAGUAUUUUCAAUAUAUGGUGCUGUGAAUACAUAUGAUAUUAAUUUUAAUACAGAAUCAAUUAAUUUUGGUUCAAUUGUACGUGGUAGUCAAUUAAGUAGACGUUUAGUUUUAAUGAAUACCGGUGAUUAUAAUACAAAAUUCGAAUGGGAUAAAUCAACUUUCACAUCGGAUUUAACUAUAGAACCAAUGAAUGGAUCCAUUGGUCCAGGAUUAGAAGUAACAUUUAUUUUAACUCUUAAACCAAGUAAAUUAACACGUGAAAUACGAAUAGAUAAUGUAACAUGUCAAAUUCAAGGUAUAGGAUCAAAAUUAAUUACUGUUAGUGGAGCGUGUGUGCCACCUACUAUUAUUAAAGAAAUACAACAAUUUUCAACGAUUGUUAGACAGCAAGACAUUAAAAAUCUACAGAUUGUUAAUCGUACAAAUGCUAAUUGGCAAAUCAAACCAAUUAUUGAUGGUGAACAGUGGGAUGGACCAAAAAUAAUUGAUAUACCCCCACAACAAAUAGGAAUUUAUGAAUUAACAUAUAAACCAUUAACAAUGACUUUAGAUGGAGCAAAACAUAAAGGUACAAUAUUCUUUCCAUUACCUGAUGGUACAGGAUUAUUAUAUAAUUUAUGUGGAACAUCUGAUGCACCAAAAUCAAUGAUGCGAAUAAAUCGUGAAAUUGAAUGUAGAAAAUUACAUACAGAAAUUGUACAAAUACCAAAUUGGUUAAAUAUAUCACAGAGAUUUCGUGUUUCAAGAGAAAUUCUUCGACCGGAUAAAUUAGAUCCAAGUACAACUAUUCAAGGAUUAAAUUAUUUAGAUGUACCAGCUGAUUCAAGUAAAGAGUAUAAAUUGAGUAUAUUUACUUAUCGAGAAGGUUUUACAUUGAUUAAAGUUACAUUUACAAAUGAAACAACUGGUGAAUAUCAAUAUUUUGAAGUGAAUUUUAAAUCUAUCAGAAAUAAAAGUUUAGAUGUGAUUAAAAUGCAAACACCUAUUCGUAAACCUAUUACAUAUACACUCAUAUUAGAAAAUCCUUUAUCAAUACCAGUGAAUUUUCAAAUGAGUACAAAUAUCUCGGAAGUUCAAUGUCCAAAUCAAUUACAAAUACCUGCUCAUUGUGAAGGUAAAGUAACACUUGAAUAUUUACCAAUUAAAAUUGGUCAAAAUAAUGGAAAAUUUGAAGCUAAUUGUAAUGAAUUAGGUUCAUUUAUUUAUGAAUUAAAUUUACAAGCUACACCAGCUAGUUUUGAAUCGACAAUACAUUUUCGUACAACCAUAGGACAACGACAUUGUCAAAUUGUAAAAUUUACAAAUUUAUCAAAAAAUAAAAAUGAAUUUAUUACUAAUGUUGCUAAUUCUGAUUAUCAUUGUGAAAAACAAAUAAUUGUAGCACCGGGGGUUGAAGCAUCAUUGGAAGUUGUAUAUGAACCAACUAGUGUGGGUAACUCACAGGCUACUUUAACAAUUACAAGUUCACAAGCUGGUGAAUACAGUUUUCUACUUAAAGGUACUGCUCUACUACCACAACCACAAGGUCCAAUAAUCAUAAAAGCUGGUGAAACAAAACAUAUCAUCUUCCGAAAUGUUUUCCCUACACCCAUACUUUAUUCAUUUCAGGUUGACAAUACUUUAUUCAAUCUACCGAAACAAAGUGAAGUUAUUAGACCUGGUAAAGAAUUUAGAAUACCUGUUGGUCUUGACGGUAAUAUCACUAAAUCUCCUGUAACGGGUAAACUAGUUGUGACAGCAGUCCGUGCACAGUCAAGUGCACGCACAAUCCGUAAAGGACCAUCAAAUGUAAUUAGUGAUACCACUUCUCUAUCAUCAUCAUCGUCUUCAUCAUCACCACAACAGCAACAGUCAAGCUUCAUUGAUUCUACAAUUACAGAAAAAGGCGAAGGAUUUCAAUGGGUUUAUUAUUUACGCGGUGUUACAGCAUAAAGAUGAACAAAUAUAUAGUCGGCAAUUGAUAAGUUUUCUAUAAAAGGAAGCCAGAGAAUUUAUUAAAUAGUAAACUCAAAUGAAAUACAAAUUUUAUAUUAUUGGCCUCAUUUUUCUGACAUCACUUUAAAGCUUAUAUGUCCCUUGAAAAGAACUAAAGAUGACCUUUGAAAACUUAAUCUCACUCUGUUCAUGCUUCUUCCUUAUGUUUAUUAAUGUGAUAAAUUGAGGUCACAAGUUA